ACAAUUAGAAUAAUGUCAUGCGCAUUGAGUGGAAACAACAUGGCGGAGGCAGCAGAGUCUGAAGAUCAGGCUAUUCCUGGACCAAUCACGUUAUCCAGCCAAGUAUUUGACGUGGGUUUCCAUCCAGAGCGAGAUGUGAUCGCAGUGGCUCAAAUUGCGGGUACCGUGUCCUUCAAACAAUCAAGACAGAGUUUGAGUGAUCCUGCAUGGACUGUAACCAAUCGGUGAAGAGCUUGAGUGGUUCCAGAACACGCACAAAAUGUCUAAAUGGGUCCCCUCCCCCAUCAGGAGCAAUAUUUCCUGUGAGGGGACCGGAAAUGCCGUCUUAGUGGUAAAGGAAAUAACAGCGAACAACCCAGGAAGCAGACACUCUUAUGAGGCUGGCAAGGAUAGCAAAAUGCUAAUGGAGUUGAAUCAUCAUAAGAAGCCAUGUCGAGCCCUAGCAUUUUCUAAAGAUGGUCUGCAUUUGUUCACUGCAUCAAAGGAUAAGUCUUUGCAAGCCAUUGAUAUGAACUCAGGAUCUAUUACACAUGCCAUUAAAAAAGCCCAUAGCUGCCCCGUCAACUGUUUAAAGGUGAUCUCAGAUCAUCUUGUUGCAACUGGUGAUGAUGAAGGAUCUGUCAAGGUGUGGGACAGUAGGACUGUUGCUUGUGUGAUGGAAAUGAAGGAGAAUGAAGAUUUUAUUUCAGACAUGGAGUGUGAUAGUGAUUGCAAAUUACUAUUGGCCACCAGCGGUGAUGGUUCUCUAUCCGUCUUCAAUGUGCGUCGCCAUAAACAUGAAGACAGCUCCGAUAACGUGGAGACAGAGCUUCUCUCCCUCGCUAUAGUCAAGGGAGGAAGAAAGGUCGUUUGUGGCACGGGUGAGGGAACACUCAACAUUUUCAGCUGGGGGGAGUGGGGAGACCUAAGCGAUCGCUUCCCCGGCCAUCCCCAAUCAGUAGACGCUUGUGUUGCUAUUGGCAACAAUGUUGUGUGCACCGGCUCGAUCGACGGAAUUAUCCGCGCCGUACACAUUCUCCCGAACAGACUUCUGGGGCCUGUCGGUGAGCACGCAGACUUCCCGAUCGAGCGCCUUCGUUUGUCACGUGACGGGAACCUGUUGGCUAGUUGCUCGCAUGACCAGACUGUCAAGUUUUGGGAUAUCGAACACUUAAAGGAUACCUCCCUCGCCCCAGGCUCCAAGAAGAGCGCGGAGUCUACAGAUGCGAGUGAUUUCUUCGCUGAUUUGUGAGAUGAAGUGAUAAGUAGGUAUUGGAUCAGAUAGAAGUGGAUUCUCACAUUGGUUACAAAUCGUAUUUUAUUAAACUAAAUUAACCGGUGUAAAAAAAACUGCCUACGAUACGUAUAUUGGGAUUACCCCGCCAGGAAGAGAGAAGAAAUUUGCUAGCCGAGCCGUACGGCUAACGAUUCAAACUUUGAACACAAUUUUGAACAGCUGGAAAAUUUGCGCUCCUUCCUUGCUCUUCAGAGUCUGGGUUAUAAGUAUGGCAAAGAAAUGCCUUUGUGCAGGAAAACUUUUUGUGUAGCGGAAGAUCUUAUCAACCCAACCUGCGAGCUCCGCUCUGUGGCAACUUUGUUACUGCUUCGUCGUGAAGCCGUACUCCCACACUCCUAGAGCAUUUCUCACUUCAAGCUGAGCCGUACUCCACCAUCCUACAGCGUUCAUAUAUCACUUUUAGCUGAGGUUUUAAUCAAGCAAGGGAUGGCCGAGGACGUUCUUUUUUCGCAAGAAAAAAACACCCUAAGAUAUGUUUACGAAGAGUUAAAAGCGAAACUCGAGGCUUUAUAUUAUGUAAUACCCUCAAGCGCCAGGUUAACCUUUAUUUAACGGACACACUUUUCAAAGUUCAGAUAUUUGUUCACAAGAAAAAUAAUCCCUAAGAUAUGUUUACGAAGAGUUAAAAGCGAAACUCGAGGCUUUUUAUUAUGUAAUACCCUCAAGCGCCAGGUUAACCUUUAUAUAACGGACACACUUUUCAAAGUUUCGAUAUUUGUUCACAAGAAAAAUAAUCCCUAAGAUAUGUUUACGAAGAGUUAAAAGCUAAACUCGAGGCUUUAUAUUAUGUAAUACCCUCAAGCGCCAGGUUACUUUUUAUAACGGACACACUUUUCAAAGUUCCGAUAUUUGUUCACAAGAAAACUGUAAAUUGUACCCACAUUAAAUAGACCUCCCGGUUACACUCCCGGUGUGUAUUUGUUUUUUUGUUUUUAAGAAGAUGGGAUUGUGGGGAGCUUAUCAUGUCGCGUGCGAACAAUGGCACUUUGUAAAUAGCACUUUGUAAAUAGUUUGUUAUUUUAUUCUCAAAAUAUAUUACAUCAAAUAAAUAUUUUUUUUCAAAUA